GGAAUUUCAAAAUAUGUCAUUGGAUCAAAUAAGGCAUAUUAUAAAACAAGAAGAAAAAGCUCUCAAAAAGAUUACAAUGAGUUAGAUGAGAGAAAGAGAUUAAUAAAAAAAUUUUUAAAAUUACAAAAAGCUAGAGAAAAAGUAAGAAAAGGUAUAGAUAUUAAAAAAGAAUAUAGGGAAAAGAAAAAGAAAAAAGAAAAAAAGAAGCCUAAAACGUUUCAGGAAUAUUUUGAGGAGUGUAUUAAAAAUAGAAAUAUUCCACCAGAUACUCCUAGUUAUAUGCGUAAAGCUCUUGAGAGAGCAAUGAUAGAUUAUGAUCAAGGAAUAGUAAAAGAAAAAUCAUCUUUAGAGAAUUUUACUUCUAAAUACAUUAUUGAAGGAGAUCCUAAUCUUACUCCAAAUGAAUAUUUUGAUAAGAUUUAUUCAAUAUUACAUAAUUUUUUAGAUUACCACAGAAAUAUAAAAUUUGAUAUUAUUUUUGUUUGCUCUAUGGAACAACAAGUUAAUAAUAAAACAGGUAUUAUUGGAUUUAAUGAGGUUAAAUCAUAUUUUAGAUCAGGUACACGUACUAAUCUUAAAUCAACAGAUAUAAAUAAAUUGAUAGAUAAAUGUUUAAAAAAAAUUAAGAAGGAUUUAGAGACUUAUGAAAUGAAUGGAAGUGGUUGGUAUUUUAAAUUUGCGGAUCAAGUUGAAUUACAUACUUCUGAGUUUAAUCCAUCAAAGGGGUCUUUAUAUAUUAAACUACCAGAUUGGAUAUCAAAUAAAAAAGCAAUUGUUAAUAUUAAAAACAGUGAUGAGAAAUGCUUUCUUUGGUGUGUACUCAGAUAUCUUCAUCCAAAAGAAAUAAAUGAUUGGAGAGUAUCAGAUCUAAAAAAGUAUGAAAAGGAACUCAUAACCAAAGGAAUUACUUUUCCAAUGAGUUUAAAAGAUAUUUCCAAGUUUGAGAGACUUAAUCCUAGUAUUCCAGGUAUUAAUGUUUUUUCAGUUGAUAAAAGUGUUUUUUCAGUUGAUAAAGGUGUUUUUUACCCACCUAGAAUGGCAGAAAGAGAUUGUUUAAACACUAUAGAUUUAUUUUUAUAUGAAGAAGAUGGCAACUCACAUUAUUCUCUGAUAAAAAAUUUUAAUCGUUUUAUUAGAUCUCAAAAAACAAAGGGAAAAGAUAAAUUACAUAUUUGUAAAAGAUGUUUUUCACAUUUUACCAAAUCAGAGUUACUUCAAAAACAUAUUAAAUAUUGUUCUACUAAUGGUGCAGUUUCUGUGAAAAUGCCGGAACCAGGUACAAUGUUAUAUUUCAAAAAUUAUCAUAAACAACUUCCUAUACCUUUUGUAGUUUACGCAGAUUUUGAAUGUUUUACAUCACCUCUAAAUACUUGUUGUCCAAAUCCAGAUAAGUCUUAUGGUUACAACUAUCAAAAACAUGAACCAUCUGGAUUUUGUUACUAUCUAAAAGGAGUAGUAGAUUCAUUUAAACCGAUUAUUUUUACCAAAACUAGAGAUAGUGAUGAUGUAGCAUUAAUAUUUGUAAAAAAGAUGGUAGAAUUAACUGAAGCAAUUUAUAAUAAGUAUUAUUGUAGACCAAAACAACUAUUUCUUUCAAAAGAAGAACAAAAAUCUUUUAAUAAAGCAACAUUAUGUCAUAUUUGUCAUGGAAUAUUAAACGAUGAUAGAGUUAGGGAUCAUUGUCAUUUUACAGGAAAGUAUCGUGGAGCAGCUCAUAAUGAAUGCAAUCUUAAAUGCCGUAAACCAAGAGUACUUCCUGUCAUAUUUCACAAUUUACAAGGUUACGAUUCACAUUUGUUUAUUAAACAACUUUCCAAUAUUCCAGGUAGAUUGGAAUGUAUACCAUCCACUGAGGAAAAAUAUAUUUCAUUUUCAAAACAUAUUAAAGUUGGUGAGUACAAAAAUAUUAGAGGAAUGAUAAUUCCAAUAACAUUUGAAAUAAGAUUUAUAGAUUCAUUUAAGUUUCUUCAAACAUCACUUUCCAAUCUUGUGGGUAAUCUAAAACCAGAUGAUUUAAAUAAUACUAAAAGAGUAUUUAAGAGUAAUUCAUCAUUACUAACUCGUAAAGGAGUAUACCCUUAUGACUAUGUUUUUUCACUCGAAAAACUAUCAGAAACAAAUUUACCACCCCCAGAGAAAUUUUAUUCUUAUCUGAAUGAUGAGGAAAUAUCAGAUGAUGAUUACAACCAUGCACUCAAUGUCUGGAAUACAUUUAAAUGUAGAUCGAUUAGAGAUUAUCACGAUCUUUAUCUUAAGACAGAUGUAAUAUUACUUGCUGAUGUAUUUGAGAAUUUUAGAUUAACUUGCCUCCGCCAUUACAAACUAGAUCCAGCUCAUUAUUAUACAUCACCCGGACUAGCUUGGGAUGCAUGUCUUAAAACAACAGAACAGAAAUUACAGUUAUUAGAUGAUUACGAUAUGUUAAUGAUGAUUGAGAGAGGAAUACGUGGUGGUAUAACUCACAUAUCAAAAAGAUAUGCGGAAGCAAAUAACAAAUAUAUGGCUAAUUAUAAUCCUGAUAAACCAUCAAUUUAUAUUCAAUACCUUGAUGCUAAUAAUUUAUACGGUUGGGCAAUGUCUCAAAAUCUUCCUACACAUGGGUUUAAAUGGAUAAAUGAUAUUACAGUACAGAGUGUUUUUGAUAUACUAAAUAGUUCAAAUUAUCGUGGUAGAAAAGGAUGGGUAUUUGAAGUAGAUUUAGAAUAUCCACCAGAGUUAUGGAGUUUACAUAAUGACUAUCCACUUGCACCUGAAAAUAUAAAAGUUAAUGGGGUAGAAAAGUUAGUAUGUCAUUUUAAACCUAGAAAAAAUUAUGUUGUAUAUUACAAAAAUCUUAGACAAUAUUUAGAGAUGGGAAUGAAGAUUACUAAUGUUCAUAGAGGUAUAUCAUUUUACCAAUCUCCUUGGAUGAGUCCAUAUAUACAAAAAAAUACAGAACUUAGAAAGUCUGCAUCUAAUGAUUUUGAGAAGGACUUUUUUAAACUUAUGAAUAAUAGUGUUUUUGGAAAAACAAUUGAGAAUAUAAGAAAAAGACAGAAUAUAGUAUUAGUUGAUAAUCGUAUCAAAGCUAAAAGACUUGUAAGUCGUCCUAAUUUUGAAAGAGUAACAAUAUUUGAUGAAAAUCUUAUUGCAGUUCAUAUGAAAAAGACUGAAGUGUAUUUCAACAAACCAGUAUACGUAGGUCAAGCAAUUCUAGAUUUGUCAAAAACACUAAUGUAUAAUUUUCAUUAUAGAUAUAUCAAAAAGAAAUACAAUAAUAAAGCUGAAUUAUUAUUUACAGAUACUGACUCGUUAAUGUAUCAGAUUCAAACAAAAGAUUUUUAUCAUGACAUAAAAGAUGAUGUAAAAACUAAGUUUGAUACCAGUGGUUAUUCAUCAUCUCAUCCAUCUGGU